UGCGCCAAGACCCUGUCACGUGACCCACGGUCUACAUGCGUCUAUAAAUUCACCUCCAUGUCGUAGGCUUGUCCUUUCCUAACGAAGGUGCUGUGUCUAAUCUACAGAGGAUCUGCAACUUCUACCAUCAAUAUGUCAAAAGACCAGGCUUUUGUGACAUUGGCCACCAAUGACAACUAUGCCAGAGGAGCCAUGGUCCUGGGAAAGUCCCUGAGGAACCACCAGACAACCAGGAAGCUGGUGGUAAUGAUCGGCCCCCACGUCUCUGAUCCCUGCAAGGGAGUGCUUCUCAAGAUCUUUGACGAGGUACUGUUGGUGGAUGUGUUGGACAGUGGAGACGCAGCUCACCUGGACCUGAUGAAGAGACCUGACCUGGGAGUCACCUUCACCAAGCUACACUGCUGGACCCUUACACACUACUCCAAAUGUGUCUUCAUGGAUGCAGACACACUGGUGGUACAGAACAUAGAUGAGUUGUUUGACAGAGAGGAGCUGUCUGCGGCCCCGGAUCCCGGCUGGCCAGACUGUUUCAACUCCGGCGUGUUCGUGUUCCGACCCUCCAACGAAACGUACAGCAAACUGCUCCAGUACUGCGCAGAGCACGGCAGCUUCGAUGGUGGAGACCAGGGGGUCUUGAAUGGCUUCUUCAGUAACUGGGCAACAGCAGAUAUAUCAAAACACCUCCCCUUCAUCUACAACCUCAGCAGCAUAGCGAUCUACACUUACCUUCCAGCAUUCAAACAAUACGGUGCCAACGCCAAGGUGGUCCACUUCCUGGGUCAGACCAAGCCGUGGAGCUACACGUACGACCCCAAGACCAAGAAGGUCAGCGGGGACAUGCAGGAGACCUCCACACACCCCAGCUUCCUCCUGGACUGGUGGUUCCUCUACUCUUCCUCUGUGGUGCCCAUGAUGACAGAGGGAUAUGGAGACCAGCCCUUCCACUCUGGCUGUGUGGAAGUCAGUCUAGAAUUCCAAUCCUCGGUCAAAGAAAGUUGUAAUCAUCAUGGUCACUGGCAUGAGCUGUGGUCCCAGAUCUAUAGUCACAAGGGGGAUGGAUGGAAGGGAAGCAGCACGUGUUUCCUCCCACAGUGUAGCAGCACGUCCCAGGAGCCCCAUCACACCGAGCCAUACGUGCCACCCGAGACAUCUGAGGAACGCAAGCAGAAAUGGGAGCAGGGCCAGGCGGACUACAUGGGAAUGGAUUCGUUUGACAAUAUCCAGAAAAAGCUUGAUGCUUUUCUCAAAUAAACGUCUACAAGGGAUCACUUAGUUUGACAGAUUGAUUUAGUAGACCCCCCCCCCCAAUUCUCGAUCUCACCAAUAGUUGGUUCUUUAGUGAACCACUACCCACACCAGCUCUAAGGAUUACAGCACAUUGUUUUACAAUGUGAAACAUUCUGACAUCGUUGGCAGAGCGCAUACUACACAAGUAUUGCAUAGUGUAUGUAUGUUUAGGCUGUCAUACUGUAAAGAUGCCCACAUUGUGAAGCACCAUUUUUUUUUGACACGCAUGAUUUAAAAAAUGUUUUGAAAUUGCUAUAUUUGUGAAGAGAAUAAACAGCAAUAAAAUAUGGCCUUGUCAGAUAUAUGAACAUACGAGCCUUACAUGGGGACACUGACACAUUUUAAAGAUUAAUACUUUAUUUUUUGGGGCACUGAAAUACUUCUGAAUCCUCAGACUAACAAAGCAUUUCAUGUAUUGUCCUGAAAUGUCCUGUGAAUGGAGUCUCCACACAGCACAACCAGGGACUGUAUGUGUUACCAUGCAGUCAGUUGGAUAUGAAGUCACACUUGAAUGUCUGGGCCCAGGGUAGGUCUUCAGUUGGCCUGGGCCCAGGGUAGGUCUUCAGUUGGCCUGGGCCCAGGGUAGGUCUUCAGUUGGCCUGGGCCCAGGGUAGGUCUUCAGUUGGCCUGGGCCCAGGGUAGGUCUUCAGUUGGCCUGGGCCCAGGGUAGGUCUUCAGUUGGCCUGGGCCGAAGGGUAGGUCUUCAGUUGGCCUGGGCCCAGGGUAGGUCUUCAGUUGGCCUGGGCCCAGGGUAGGUCUUUAGUUGUCGUAAACCCUCAAAAAGCUGGAUUUGAGAACCUGUUCCACUCCCUCUUUUGAGCUGAAGGCUCCAUUCUUGGGCUUGUGUUUGAUCAUAUCUGUACUCUUGGUACUGACACACCCCCGGGACAUGUUGGUCUCCUUCUGUUCAGCUUUUACUUGACACAUGGUGCCUGUACCACAGCCCCUGUCACAUGCUAAAUAAACUACUGGUAGAAUAA